GAAGAUCUGCCGCUGCAAUUUGAACUGCAGGAAUGGGGGACAUUAUCAUUGUCCUUUUUGUGACAAAACUGUUGUUAGAAGGACAGACAUGCAAGCACACUUAAAGUCUUGUCCCAUACAACCAUCUUCCACCUCAGCAGCUGCCCAGUCCAAACAGAGUCAGGAUUCAUCCUUGCCCUCCCUACAACCAAGUUCGUCUGCUGCAUCCAUUCCUCUGCUUCCACCAACCAUAAUAUCCCCAUCUCCAGACCUUCUUGUGCAACAGGAUACAAUUGCAUGUACUAUUCCCUCUGCCCAAUCAAUUCAAACAUCUACCAUCCACUCCUCAGCAGACACACAUAUGACAUCGUCUUCUCCUUUGGUUUCCUCUUCUGUGGUACAUACUACCCAAGAGACUCAAGGUCCAAAAUCCAAACUGAAACAGGUCCAAUGUCCCCUCUGUUCAGUUACUUGUUUGAAGAGAAACUUGGCCAAACACAUCCAGAGGAAGCACCCCAAGAAACUGAAGGAUGUAACAGAAAGUGAUAAUUUAAAGAGUGUCUGUGUGGAUACCAAAAAUGGGAUCUCUGCAGUCCAAAAAGGAGGGCAUGGCUUUUCAAUCCCCAUACACGUACAGAACAAAACCUGGGGUCGAGUACACAAGGUUCAGUGUGAGUUGGAAGAAUGCAGGCAGUAUUCCAAAAUGGCAUCACGAAGUGGAUUCAUUUUUACACACUGUGAACACAUCCGCUCUUUGCAAUACUGUACAGACAUAGCCACUGAAGAAUGCCUUAGAGAAGAUAUUUUAUCAGAAAUAGUGCACUUAAAAUUUUUUGGAGACCCAAAAAAGUCAACCUGUAUUAAAAGGCAAGAAAAUGCACAGGCAGCACAUGUCCCUCUCUGUGUUGAGGUGUCAUUUGAGGAAAGCUCAAAGCACUUUUGUUUUUCAGUCCAUGAGCCAACUUUACACUAUUACAGUCGCCUUGGGAGGAUAUUUGUAACAUACAAUUCAUCAGCAAACACAUGGCAUUGCCCUUGUGCCAAACCAAGGAUGUCAUGUGUCCACAAAAAUAUAAGCAAAUGGCAUUUAUUUCAAACCAACCCAGAUGUGUUCAGAACAGAGGAAACCAGCACCAGUACACCAAAAAAGCACCCAGAUACUGUCUAUCCACCAUCAGCAGAAGUCUUCAAACGACUUGUAGAGUAUAUAUAUGGACAUAAAAAACUUCCAGCUAACCUGCCAGAUGACGUUAUAAAACCAAAAGCACUCACAGACUAUGUCACAGAGUUGCAGCCAGCAGAGACAGUUUGUGCACUCUGUCCAGGACCUGUAAAUCUUGAAGAGUCAUCAAGGAUCUCUAGAAAGGCCAGGAUAAUCACCAUGAAUGGUGUAAUUGAAAGUAAGUAAUUUGUGUUUUGUCUGCUAUUAUGGUAGUUUGCAGAGUAACACAGUGUUAAUGAUGUAUUCAUGAUUUAUUUACACCAGGUGUAUCGACCUAUUUCCGGCGAUGUCCAGUGUGUGACAUGACUUAUAGGUACCAGGAAUGGCAAGACGGUCUCCAUAACUUAUCGGCAAGAUUUUAUGUUUUAAUUCCUUUUUUUUAAUAGACAAUAAUGCCUGUGGACCACAUUGUGAAAUUAUCACAAAAAGUGAGAAUGUGAGACCAUGCCGAUCAUCAUGGACCUUCAAGCUUCAUCCUGCCCAAGAGCAGCUGCUUAAAUACGUAUUGGACACUGACAACCUAGCGGGCGAGCUCAUUGUAAAAACAGGAAAAAGUUGCCUGACCCGAGCUGACUUCUGGGGGCUUGGAUUGAAUAAGGAAAUGGAAUCAACCAUAGGAAAUGCGUGCUUUGAAGUUAUUGAGAAAAUUGCUCAAUCACAGGGGAAAACCAUUUUUGUUGCUGACCUCUAUGUUGUACCAACCUGGCGAAAACCAACAUUGUGUGAUCCACUUGCAAGCUUACCUAAUGAUGCUUCAAUCAGAGAUGCCAUUGUCAUUCCUGUGUGGAAACCUGGGCAUUUCCUUCUCUCUAAACCUUUCCCAGUCACUAAAUCCUGGCAACUGGACAGAGAAAAUUGGAUUACAAAUUCAGGGUUUUCCACGACAACCAUACGGGAUUGACUGUGGCAUCUUCAUGUUGAUGAAUGGCUUUUACACCACACUGGAUGCUCCCUAUGACUUUUCUAUUACGGACAUGCCACUUUUGCGACAGUGGUGGUGUAUCAUCCUUAUGGAAAAUUUUGACCUUGGAAGCCAUGGAAAGCUGUUCGCCCACUGGACAGAUGCAUCAAAAGCCCUCCUGCGAGGUGAGGUGCCACCAGUGUUUAGGCUGAUGAAAAGGAAGGUGGAUGACAUAACUGAGGAUGAAGAGCAGCAGGCCAAUGAACACUUGUUCUCUGCCAGAGUGGACCUGCCUGAUAUUCUGUGCAUGGGGGAGGACAACCAGGCUGAGGCUGCUCUGCAGUACGGGAGGGUUUGGACAGAACAACCGGACGACGAUGAGAAGGACUCAAUCCUGGAGCCCUUCAAAUUCACAUUUUACUCCACAAAGGACAUGUGGACAUUUUGUGAAGAAAUUAUGGACAAAAGAAACAGUUUGGCUUACUGUGAAUGUCACCACAGAUGAGUGACUUGUGUUUUGGAAAUAAAGGGCUACAGAACAUU